AAUUGCAGUUACUCAUAGAUACUUUCAGAGAUAGAUAGAUAGAUAAUGAGAGUUCUGUCUGAAGCCUAACCCUGAGCAAGAAAACUAGUUCUCUCUACAUCUCCUGAAACCCCUGGAGGGACGUGCCAACCAGAAAAAAUGUCUCGACUCUGAAAAAUUUCUCCGAGUCUGGAUUUCCAAAGGUUUAUCAAACGUUAUUAAACCCUGGUUUACUCUGCUCCUUGAACCAGCUCCAGUAUGGACGUGAACCCUGUAGUAUGGUUGGUUCUACUAGGUCUAGGAGGAUCUGGAGCAAAAUUUGUAUGUCCUGGAGAAGGAUAUUUUCCAGAUCCUGAGUCCUGUACAUCCUUCUAUAGAUGUUUGAACCGUAGCACUAGUUACAAGUAUCAGUGCCCUUUAGGAACGGUGUAUGACCCAAAUGUGUCAAAUUGUAACCACGCCUUCCUAGCUCCGCCCUGUUUUAUCAUUCUUGGUCCUUCUCCGGCAGUAGUUUACCCUGAUUACCCUGUGUAUCCUCCCUCUCCUCCGAUCUAUGUUGAUCCUCCCAUGACUACUCCGUCUCCUCUUCCUAACCCUGAGGACGGAUCUCAGGGUUCAGGAUCAAAUCCAGGUCUAGAAUCUACAGGGUCAGGUUCAACUGCAGGAGAUAAUGCAAAUAUAGGAUCAACAGGAUCAGAAACUUCUCAGGGAGAUACAGAUUCAGCCGGGUCUGAUGAAUCUGGAGUAACCAACCCAGAAUUAGUUAAACCUCCUACUCCAGAGAACGGGGAAAGUAACGGAGACAGUUCUCCGGAUACAGGUUCAAGCGGGGGCGGAGUAGAUACGAGCAAAUUUACAGUUUCCUCUGAUUCAAUUUAUCCCUGCACCGAGCCUGGAUAUUUCUCCGAACCCUCGGAUUGUAGAGAGUUCUAUACCUGCAAAGAAAUUACUCCAGGUGUUCUAUCAGCAGAACGACUGUUCAGAUGUCCGUCCCGGUACAGGUUCGAUCCCGUCACCAGACUCUGCCAGAGGGAGGAGAAGGUGCAAUGCAACCAGGAGAACCUCUAUUACUCCAGCAGGGACCUACUUGUCUUCCAGCUCCAGGAGAACCAACUUCAAGAGUUCUUCUCACAACCGCUAUUCUUCUCAGGAGUAAAGAGAUCCAUCCUCCCCGGAGUUUCCGGAGCAAACCAGUUCUAUCCUGGAACCCAUCCACUGUUCAGGGUGCAGACUCCAACCCUUCAAGGAGUCUAUCCGUCCUUCUCCAGUACCUCAAACAUACAACAACGAAUCUCAAAACCUGAGUUCUCUUCCAACUAUCCGUUCUUCCAACCUUACAGCAUGUACAAACCAAACUACUUAUACACACCUGCACAUUACUAAACAAGGAUUAAGAUAAAUGUUUUUUUUACAAUAUUUUCAGAAGAUCAGGAAUUCCACAGUUGUCAUUUUUACAAUCUAAUAUAGCGAUUUUCAAAACAGAAGCAAUGGUCGUGCUUUAGAUCCGUGAUUAUCAUUGACCAAGAGCAGAUACUUGUGUGGCUUCUAAAUGAUUGGUUGCUCUUUAAAUAAAAUCAUUCAACUAAUCCGUUGGACCUAAGCAAAUACGAAUUAGUGGUCUGAAGUUCCAACCUCUGAUUCGUGUGCUUAUAGGGUAACAUCCAAAGCUAGAUGAAUUGAUACGACAGUAAGGAAUAACAUAAAAAGCUUAAUAAAUUCCCUCUAUUGAUUGUAUUGAUUCGACGCAAAUUCUGAUUUUUCAAACUGUUGAUAAUUUGAUAAUUUUUCUAAUUUUCUUACAAACCCGUAUAACCAGAAGUGAGAACUUUUGAGUAGUAAGUAUCAGGAUUUAGCAUUGGCCUCCAUCUGAUGCAAAUCUACGGAUUAAAUUAUCGUUAUCCCCUGAUGGUCAUACCCUUUAGGUCAAGCAGUGAUCCUCAAAUUAAAAAAGUGCCCACAUUUGAUAUCAAGAUCAAGGGUUCAAGAUUAAUGAUAUCCACACAAGGUGCCGAUCAGAACUUAAAUACACGCUUAUUUUAUUUUUAAUGCCUACUCUAUUUUUCUUUAUCUUCUCCUGAUCAGAACUAGAAUACCCGCUUAUUGUAUUUUUAAUGCCUACUCUAUUAUUCUUUAUCUUCUCUUAUAUGUUGUAACUAAAUCUGUUAGUCUAAAUAUGUGCGUGCUUGUUUAUGUGUACAAAAUACAUUUGAUCUUCUAUGAUAAUUUAAGAAUCUCAGCUCUUAGCACAUCUUGCUCUCUCAGCACAGUACACUAAAUAAUUUAUAACCUUUUAAAGUGAAAUAAACAAAUAAAUUCG